AUGGCGGGGAACGAUCUCGCGUCGGCGGUCGACCUCGGCGUCGACAAGGCCUCAUGCUCUUCCUACCCACUUCCCAAUUUCCCCUCUCAUACAACAAGGAGAAGCUGCAGCAGCCUCCUUUCUCUCUCCUCCUCCUCCUCCUUCCCCACCUCUCUCUCCCUCUCUCUCUCUACAAUUUCUAAGAGUGAGAUGAGGCGGAGCAAUAGGAAGAGCACCAACGUGGAGCUGAGGUUCAACGUGCCGCGGCAGCGAGCGGGAGAGGAGGAGGAGGAGGGGGGGUCAUCGUCAGCGUCAGCGUCGGUGUCGCCGCCGAGCUCGUGCGUGUCGUCGGAGGAGGGUGAGCAGAAGCGGUCGGAGAGCCCGGAGGCGGCGCCGCCGAUGGUGGUGGUCGGGUGUCCGAGAUGCCUCAUGUACGUGAUGUUGUCCGAGGACGAGCCCAAGUGCCCCAAGUGCAAGAGUACCGUCCUCCUCGACUUCCACCAUGGCGGCAGCAACAACAACAACAACAACUCAAGCAAGAGCAAGAAAAGUUGAAGAGGCCGAUUCAUGCAUGGCUUCUUAAUUUCUCUCUUUAUUUAUUUAUUUAUGUGCGUUUUCCUUUCCUUUUUCUUUUUGGAUUAAUUACACCAUUGUCUCUAAAUCUUUUUUAAGUUUUCACUCCUUGAUCUCUAAUUCUUUAAUUUCAACUAAGUU